AUGUUAUUAUUAAUUUCAAUAUUCCUUAGACAAAUAGAAGCAUGCAGUAUUCAUUUUAAAAAUUGAUUAGAUAUAUUAAAAAAUGAUUUAGAGAUCAGUAUUUCUACAUAUGAAAAUAUGUAUUGGGAAAUAAAAGAUGAAUUAAUUGAAGGGGAGAUGACAAAGUUUCGAUUAGAAGGAGAUAAGAAUGAGACAUACUUCAAAUUGUAAUAGCCGAACGAUAUAUAUGAUUAGAAAUUUUUUCCUUAUUGUAUGAAAUUCAAGCUUAGUUGUAGAGAUUUAACAAAUAUUCAAGGCUAGAUCAUUGAGAAAAGGAGAAUUUUGGUUAAAUGAGUUUAGUUUAUUAGGACAGGACUCCUAAGGAUUUCAUAUAUACUUAAUAUAGGAUGAAAGAUUUGAAAAAUUGUCACUUUAAUAUGCUUGUACAGAUUUCGAUUAUUUGGAUUAAAAUAAUUUUGUGAUUGUUUGUCACAAUAAUGAAGAAUUAUUGAUUGAAAUUUUAAAUAAAAAUGGAACCAUCCUUUAUGUUCAUUCAACAUAAACCUAUUAGUAGAGUAAAUACAAUUUGGCAAUAUAUAGAAAUAAAUAAAAGAUCUAUCUAUUAAUCUAUAUUCCAGCAUAUGUAGAAGAAAUUGUUAGCAUUUAAUCAAUAAUUAAUGUCUUUUUGAUAGAAUCCUACCAAAUUAUUUAAACACCAUAUUAUUUGGAUAAAAAGAAAUUAUCAGAGUUGUUUUAGAAUGAACUUAAAUAUUUUUCUGUAAUUGAUGUUUAAGUUUAUUCAAGUAAUUUAUAUGUAUUAGAUUAUAAAUUGGGACCAAUUGCAUUAGUGUUGGAUUCAAAAGGCAAUUUUACUUAUGCAAAAUUAAUAACUUCAUCUUUUUACAUAACAGAGUAUUAUGGUUUUUCAAUAAGAAAUUAAGAUGAAUUGAUUGUUUUUGGAUUUGUAUAAAAAAAUUAGAUGAGUAUAAGAGUUCUAAAAAAUGGAAGAUAUGAUAAUAUUGUGAGAACUUUUGAGAAAGAUGAUUUUUCUUUAGGGAUAUGUACAAUGCAAAUAACUCCUAAAUAUUAUUUGAUUAAGUCUAAUAAAGAAUUGAUGAUUUUUGAUGAUUCUCAACAGGUAGAUCAAUUGUCUAUAUAGAAAGAAGUUUUUAUGGCAAAUCCAAAUUUUAACCUAUAUAUUAUAUUUGGUCCAAAUAAGGCUGAAUUUUAUGAAAUCAGCCCAGGUAUAUUAAUGUUUUAAAAAUAAUUAUAAAAAUCAGAAAGUUAAAAAUAUUUUAAAUUAUUAGUUACAUAAAAUGGCGAUUGCUAUGUGGAUAUAGUUUUAGUUGUUUAUGAUAAAUUAGAUGCAAAAAUUCAUACAAAUUAUUAAACAAACUUUUAUAAGGAAAGAAUAUUUUACUAUCCUCCAUAUCCUUAAACAUAUUACACUUGGCCUAGAAUAACAAAUGGGCCAAAUGUAUAAUAAUCAAUUGUAAUGCAAAAAGAUUCAAUGAAAAAGAUUGAUCUUAAAUUUCUGUCAAUAUCUCCUUUGACUAUUACAGGAAUAAGUUAAUUUGAUGAAAAUAAUGUAGUAUUUAGUCUUAUAAAUAAUAAUUUGGGUCUUAAUCAAUAUUUAGUUUAAACUGAAAAUUUGAGUGCUUUUAUAUAUGUAUGCUAAUUGAAUGAAUUAGAAUAGAAGUGCUCUUAAAAGAGUACAUUCUAUCCAUUAACAAAAUUGGUUGAAGAUAAUAUAAAGUGGACUGAAAUUGGAAUGUAUGAUUCAUAUAUUGGAAUUAAAACCUAAAAUAAUCAUGUAAUUACAAUAUAUAGACUUGGAGAUUCUAAAAUAGUUCAAAUAUUUCAAAUAAAAACAUCUUUGUAAGAUGAGAAAACUCAAAUCACCGAUUUUACAAUAAAUGAAAAAUUUGUUUUUGUAUUAAUUGGAGGAUGGAAUGAAAUACAGAUAUAUUCUUUAACUGGAAAAAAAUAAAUUGAUACUAUACCAAAUAUAUAUAAUGCUUAGAAAGUUUAUAUAAGUAAUACAUUUAAUAAGAAUCUAUUAUUUAUCAAGUGUAAUAACAUAAUAGUAAUUGGACAUUAUGUAAUUGAAUUUAAUGUAAUCUCUCAGAUAUAAGUAACAGAAUAAUAGAAUGUUCAGUUACUCUUAUCUAUCUUUAGAUCUACACUUGUAAUUGUUUAUAAGACAGUCACUGAAUAAGGGAUUUUGUAAUAUCUAAUUCACAAUUUGAACUAAGUAACAUUACUUAGAAGGUUGCCAUUAUAUUAUUAUUAAUUGCCACAAAAGCUUUAAUUGGCUUCUAAUCCAUUAAAGAAUUUAAUUCUAGUUACUGCUUAUUCAGUGUACACUUAAACAACUGUUAUUUUAAUUUAUUAAAUAAAUGAAUAUUAGAGAAAUUCACUAUUGACAGUUAUUGACACUUUUGAUUAUUUUGAAAGUGAGUUAAAUUAUUGUGUUGCAGGUAUUGACAAUAGUGUGAUUUAGUUUAUUUAUAAAGGAUAAGUGUUUAGUUAUCUUUAUUUUGAGUAACCAAGAAUUUAUAUCAAUUAUUUGACAGAUAGAAGUCAUUAUUAAUCUUCAUUAAUGUUGUAAUAAGAGGAAUGGAAUGAUUAUUAUAAUUUUAAGAGGGAAUAUCUUAAAGAGAUUAUUGUAGUUGAUAUGUAAUUAGAGAUGAAAUGGAUAAUGGAAAAUUUAACUUUAGAAUUAUAGGAAUCCAUAGGUAAUUAGAUAAUUGAAAUAAAUAAUAGCUGGAUUUAAGGUUAAAGAAUAUAAUUUAAAUUGUCUUGUAUUUUAUGUACAACGGAUAAUGAUAGUGGUGAGAUUUAUUUGUUAAAUUAAUUUUAAAAAUCAAAUCGACAAAUAUAAUCAAAGUUUAUAUAGUAAUUAAUAAAUUUUAAUUAAAAUUAUGUUUUAAUUUUAUCAGAAUUAACAGGUACAAAAUAAUAUUUGUAAUUUUUAAAUAAUUAUGGAGAGAUUUCAAAUGAAAUAGAAUUAUAAAGUGAAUAUAAUAAUUAUGUUGCUACAAGACUAUUUUUAUUAACAGAGUAAAUAUUGGUGAUUUUGUAUGAGAAUUUAACAGCAUAAAAACCUGAAUUAAGAUAUUAUUAUUGUUGGGAAGAGAGUGAAAAAUAUGAUUGUAAAUUUAUGGGGAUUUUAGAUAUAAAGGAUAGAAGAAUAAUAAGAGAGAUAAGAUAUUUGAAUAAUGUAUAAAUAAUUUUAACAGAAAGUUUGACAGAAUAUCCAACAGUAUAUUUUUAUAGUUUGGAGAUGGAUAGCAAAUAUUUUAAAGUGAAAUAAUUUGAUUUGAAGAUAAAUAAAGAUUAUUUUCAUGAAAGUUUUAAUGUGACAUCAUUAGAUGUUUUGAAAAUAUCAUAAGAUGAAGGUUGUUUGGUAUUUUCAGAAUUUCGAAUAGGUAUAGUAGGAAUAAGAAUGAGAUUGAGAAAGGAUUAAGUUAAUCUAGUUUAAUAUGAAUAUAUGGAAUUGCCAUUUAAUAAAUAGGGAUUGGUGGAGCCAUAAGAAAAUAGAUUUAUAAAGAUAGAGAUUUUAAAGGAGGGGAUAAAUCAAUGUAAUAUGAUUUUGAUAGAUGAAAUAAAUGAAAGUUAUUAAAUAAGGAUGGAUUAUGGUGGAGGGAGAUUGAAAAUUGAAAUAGUUUAAGUAUUUUAGAAGUUGGGUAAUAUAAGAAAGUUUAGUACUAUUGGUGUUUUAGAUGUUUAUCUGGUAUAAUUGUAUAGAUAUGAAAAUAAGAAUUAUUUUUGUCUUUAUGAGAUAGAAUAGAAUAAUGAUGUUCGUAAUAAUGCAGGUAUAUGUAAAGCUGGUUUGAAAUAAUCUGGAAAUGAUAUGAUAUUAUCAUAGAACUUUAUAGUAAGAAGAAAUCAUUUAGGUAUAAAUGAAUUAUUGAUAAAUGUGUAUGAUGAAAGAAGUUUAUAAAUAUAUACAAUAAAUUCAGCAGCAAGGAUAAUGGUGAAGAAUGCAACAGAGGUAAAGAAUUACACAUUGAAUUUGAUAGCAGUAAAUCCAUACAAAUAAAUAUAAUUGGGAGUAAAUAUAAUAUUAGUAGAAAAUAAUGAAGGUGAUACGGAAAUGAAAUUAUUUUUUAUACUUUUAAUAGUAGUUUUGGGAAUAUUGUUGAUUGGUAUAAUAUUUUGUGUAGGAAUCCAUAUGUGUAUUAAUAAACAUCGUAAGAGAAGAAGAUCAUAUAAAGCUAUUUAAUGA